AUGAGCUUCAAUAGCAGAGCCCCUGGCCGUAAUCUCGCCAUCGUGACCGUGGUCGGCACAGUCGCCACCCUCGGAUACAUGUACGUCGCCGGGAAGCAGACAAAGAGAGAGGAGGGCCCGGCAUCAAUUUACAACCAGUCGAAAGGUCUGCAGAGCCAGACCAGCGACGCAAGAUUGGAUUCCUCUGGUGUGAGGGAGACGGUCUCAGGGGACAGGAAGCCCUGA